GUCAUUUUCUUCACUAAUUAAAAUCGGGACAGAUCUUAGUGAGUGACCGCGAGAGUUGGCGGUGACUUUGGUUGGUAAUAGCCUGUCUCGUUAGGUGCUUGACUCGAUUCUGAAUAAGAACGACAUGUCUUCGAUAGAACCGAUUUAAUGAUAUGAUGGGAAUUACUAUUUUAUAAGAAAGGUAUUAAAAUAAGCCCCAUAGAUCUCAACAAUCUCUCACACUAGUUCAGUAAGCACCUUAAAAGGAAACUUGAUGCCGAAUUAACCGAGCAAGUGAAGGGGGACAGCUUCUCAGCUGAAGCACAGAGGCUUGGAUACCUGCCAAGGAGACACCGCAUACAACGUUGUGGCUCAUGGCUACAUAGUACGUGCAAGUGCCGAAAGGAGGCAUAGCUAGUCUGCAAUUCACCGCACUAAUGUAGCUUCGACUGGAAAUUACUUAUACCCGCCGGAUCCCGUUCGCCGGUGACGUCUGAUUCUCGGCGGCAGCUCUGGAGAUGGCACGGGAGACGCUUGCGAAGCUUGCAAAGGCUGGAAACGCAGCACAAGAGUAUAUAUCUAAGAAAUGGGUAGAGUUUGAAAGAUCUAAGAGUGACAAACUAAGGGCAGAGGAAGAUGCGCAGAGGUUGGAAGCAAUACGGCAGAGAAACAAAUAUCUCGAUCUCUUCAAUGCUAAGCUCACGGGGCCUUCGGCAGAUUUCAUGCCACCAAUAAGGUACGAUGCAGAUACGCGACAACGCGCAGUAGUUUUGGCGACGGUGCCCAUCGUAUAUGGCCAUUUCGAUUUAUCAAAGCGCUCGUACCAGUGGUUGGCCAAGCACGUGGGCAUGAGCUUGAAUAGCGUCAGUCACUGGGCUAUAUGCGUCGUGGACCGGGGUUUCGGCCCAUGCUGGUGCUACGAUUUGAUGAGCGAUCAGCUCUCUCUCAACAUGUUAGGGAAGAGCUAUCUCCGCGUCUAUGAGGCGACAGACGAGCUAGUCGCGAGCUGGACUUCGGCAUAUUAUGUUGGAGAGACAACUAAAACCCACGAGCAAAUCCAAGAAUUAGGGACCAACCACCUCACCGCACACCCGAAAUACAACUUGCUGUCGAGCAACUGUCAGCAUCUCGUCGAGGUUCUAGUCAAAGAGUUGUGCGACGGGAAGACAAUCAGUCAAACCAAGCUGGAAGAAGAACUCAGCUUGGCGUCACCACGAGUUGCUCGAGACCUCCUGGUUGCUAGGUUGAGAUCUAAGCUUGAUGCGAAAGAACAGAAAGAACAACCUGAGAGCCUCGAAGACGAAGUUAAUACUAUCAAAGCACUAGAGAGAACAAUGACGGAAAGAGAAAGUCGUCGUCGUUAAUCAUACUCAGGCCAAUGAUGUAGCUGGACAUCUCAUCUGGACAUAAUUACCCCUCUCUAGACCCCUUAGAGUAGACUAUAAGGAUCUAAUACCUUUUUUUUCAAUCUAUCAUGGGGGGCUUUCAUCAACAUGGCUGCGAUGUAUGUAUGGUAUCCGCUCAGCGCGAUGGCUAUUCUCGCAUAACGGGCCAUAUACUAUAUGAAACGCUCAC